AAGUGAGUCAGCAUAUUUACCAUGAUGACGUAGUGUUUCUAAAGUUAGAAUUUUAAAACACACUCACUGGUGACUCAGACUGGAGUAAGGUUACUAAGGUAGGCCAAGUUUCAACUGAGGAACUGAUUGCAAAGACCAAACAUUGGAUGUUUCAUUUUAGAAAUUAAUGUUUUAAUGGUUCUGAAAUAUGUAAUGAAAUGAUUAUUUGCGUUUAUUAAAAAUUUUAUCGACAUGUAAUUUGCAUAUGCGGUAAUUUGAGAUCAAUUUUAAAACUGCACAUGGUCACCGGCAUUAUACGACACGAUACGGGAAACUACGGAGCAUUGCAUAGCAAGUCGCCAUUUUUAGUAAAGAGUGAAAAUUUAAUGUAGAGAGAGUGCAAAGCGUUAACUUGUUUUUUUUUACAACAAGUAUUGAUAAGAAUGGCUCCAAUUGACAAUUUCCUCGAAAACGGUCAAAUUCACAACACCAAAGAUCCUCGUUGGUUGCAAGUUGAGAUUUGCCGCGAGUUUCAACGUGGUAAAUGUAGCAGAGGAGAAAUGGAAUGCCGAUAUGCACAUCCUGAUGAAAAUGUCCAAAUUGAAAAUGGAGGCAGAGUAACUGCAUGUUAUGAUUCAAUGAAGGGUCGCUGCCAAAGAGAGUCAUGUAAAUAUUUUCAUCCACCUCAUCAUAUAAAACUGCAACUUGAAGCAAAUGGUCGUCUUUUAAAACAGCACAAGCAACAACUUCAGGCAAUGGCUUCACAAAAUAUGAUCCAAACACCAACUGUGCUUCCAUUGAAUACCAUACAACAUUCUGGUGUGAGUGCUUUUCCUUUGACAUUUGUAUCAAGUGCUGUGUUGACGCCAUCUCCUCAUAAUACUCCUGUUGUUGCCACUUCAAUUCAACGAGAAGAACUGAAAAGUUCUUCCCUUUCUAUUUGUCAUGAUUACUUAAAUGAAACCUGCUCAGUUCAUGAGACACAAUGUUUUGCCGCACACCCACCUAUGGAACUUCUUCGUGAUCGAAACCAGAAAAGAAUUACGGUUUGCAUGGAUUUUGUUAAAGGCCGAUGUACUAGAGAAACAUGUCGAUAUUUUCAUCCUCCUGAGCAUUUAAAACAAAAGUUGAAAACUGUGAGGAUCAGUCAAAGUCAACUGAAUGUUAUAUCAUCUAACUCAAGAAAACGUUCUGGGGAAUCAAAAGACGAUUUGGAGGAUCAGGCGAAACAACAAGCAUUCAACUACACAUUAAUAAACACACCUUUGGCUUUACCUGCUACUAAUUUUGCUACCAUAUUUCAACCAUCUACAUUUCAAGCUGCAUUUAAUGGAAUGCAAUUUGCUCCAGCCUUUUUCUCAACCUUACCUUUGACAGUUCCUCAGUUAACUACAACGACAGUGAAUACAACUCCCUAUGUACAUCCUCAAAUUACUCCGCUCGCCUCCUUAAAUAACAACAAAAAACAAAAUCAGCGUCCCAUUUGUCGUGAUUACAAAGCUGGCAAUUGUAGAAGAGAUUCUUGCAGAUUUAUUCAUCUUGAUGACCGAAAUGUAGAGGUGAUUGAUGGACAUGUGACGAUAUGCGUUGAUUCAACGAAGGGAUCUUGUCAUCGGAAUAUUUGCAAAUACUAUCAUAUACCUAACAGUGAUGGGAAUGCAAAUAAAGACAUUGAUGUUAAAAGUACUUUGAAAUUUAAGUUACCUUUAGUAUAACAAAUAAUGUAGUUGGAGUAUGCAUGAUAGCAGCAUAUAUUUCAAAGAAUUGUAUAGGAUGAUUAUAAGCAUGUAUUUAAUUCCUCGUUUCUCAAUGUAUUCUGUCUUUCAAAAAGAUGAAAUGUAUCAUUUAUGAUAAUUUA